UCUAGUCACAUGAUGUCUAUUUUUGUUUGUCUAUAGCUAUAUACAGUUUGGAACUAAACAUGAAUGGUCAAUUUUCUAGCCUAUCAAUCAAUGAGGCCGAGGGAGGUUACGACUACAAGUUCAUAGAAGAACCUGCAGACUCUCUCAAGUGUCUCAUCUGUCUGCUAGUAGUUAGGGAGCCACAACAACAUGGCGGCUGUGGGAAGCUAUUCUGUAAGAGCUGUAUAACUAAGUACAGGAGGAACGAUUGUCCUCACUGCAGACAACCAAUCAGGGCAUCUGGAUACCAGCAAUUCGGAGGAACUAUCUUUAACGAUUUUAGAAGUGACCAAGAGGUGAAGUCUCUGCUAGUAUACUGCACGACCAGCUGUGGUUGGCAAGGGGAGCUGCGAUCAGUCGAAGAUCACAAGCAAAACAAGUGCGAAAAUAAUAUAACCCCAUGCCCAAAUGAUUGCGGCUUCGCGCUUAUAAGAAAAAAUCUUCAGUUUCAUCUUGCAACAGACUGCCUGAGGCGACUCACAAGCUGCCUAAAGUGUAAGCAAGAGAUACAGUAUCGAGAUCUGGACAACCACAUGGCAAGAAAGUGCCCCAAGAGACAGUACACAUGCCCACACUGCAAUGAAGCUGGUGUGUAUGAUGAGAGAACUACUACACAUCUGGACGUCUGUCCUAAAGUCAAGAUCCCGUGUUAUAAAUGCUCGGGUACAUUUUCUCGCUGCGAUGAAUCAAGUCAUCCAGUAUUUUGCCCUAAUGAACCAGUUCAAUGCAAGUACUACAGUAUCGGCUGUGCAGAGAAGCCUCUAAGAAAGGAUAAGAGUACGCACGAAAAAAAUGCACAGCUUCACCUUUCACUAGCAACAGAAGAGGUAUUGAGGCUAAAGAAAGCACAGUUCUGGAAAAAUGCUCUAACAUUCAGAAUUAAAAACUACAAGGUACUCGAAUUAGAAGGAAAAGAUUUUUAUAGCCCUCCCUUCUUAACUUCAGCAUCAGGCUACAAGAUGUGUAUACGUGUUGAUACUAGUAAAGGCACUCAUGUUUCAGUGUAUGCCUAUCUCAUGAAGGGAGACAAUGAUGACUCCCUGUCCUGGCCAUUCACUGGGAGAGUUACAUUUGAGCUACUCAACCAACUGGAGGAUGAUAACCAUCACAAGUGGACAACCAGAUUCUCAGCAGAUAGUGUUUCCAGUCAGAGAGUGGUGGAUCAUGAGAGAGGGGGGAAAGGAUAUGGCCGGCCUAAGUUCAUCUCCCACACUGACCUCGCUCACAAGCCUCUUACAAACACUCAGUACCUCAAAGACGACACUCUAAUAUUCCGAGUAUCUGCAGAAGCUCCUGACUACAAGCCAUGGCUGGAGUGUACUAAUUGACUGUAUAAAAAUUAAUAGCUACAUUAUCAUAAUUAUACGUGUAGGAAAGUUGAACUAAUUAAUGGACCUGACUGUACAUGUAAUUUCUUUCAAAUAUCCAUUGUAUAUACAAGUAUCUUCAUAGAUUAAAAUAAUUAUAA